AUGUUCUCCGCCAAAAAGUUCCCCGCAACAAACCACAUUUUCUCCAAUCCCCAUGGCAGCAAAGCAAGCAAUACCAAGCAUUUGAACCCAUUUGAAAUAGACAUAAAAACUCUCAGCGACAGCCGUCCAGCGCAAGCUGAGCCACCCUCCCCCGAAAUGACCAUGACUUCCCCGCCCGACCUUAACUCGGCGAGCGCACCCCGAAUCCGCAACCCACGCCGUCUCCUCAUCCUCUCCCCAAGCUCCCACUCGACCUCGACGAUCCCAUCGUUCCUGCACUCCCUAACAGAAACCCCAGUCGCCGACCCCCCGGCCUCCUUCGCAGGGUACACCACCCACCCUCUCCUCCGCCUCACAAAUCGGUACUACACCGCCGACAUCCCGAUAUGGGUUGACGAGAUCCCUCUCCAGACGGCGACAGAUGAACGCACACGCACACAGACAGCAGGAGAAGGGGAAAGCGCGGCCCCGCCCUCACCCGCGCAAUGGGCUGUCGAGUUCUCAGGCGAAGACGCACGGGUUGUCCGCGACGCGAUCGGGGCGCUGGUGAUCUGUAUUCGGAAUCUGGAGGAUAGGAGUGCGAGUUUACCUGCGGGCGCUGGUACGGGGACGGAUGCAGGUGCAGGUGCAGGUGCAGGUUCGCCCGAGUCGCGGAAUGACGUGAAAAGUCUCAAGGAGUUUCUGGCUGCGGUUGGACGGGUCAAGGGUGUGAUUGAGGAGGAGCGCGCGGAGGUCGGGGAUGUCCCUGUUUUGCUGGUAUUAGUAGGAGGGCCAAGAGGACAUAACGGCGCGCGAGUGCGCGGCGAGGAGGGCGAUUUGGAGGAGUUGGAUGGUGAGAGCGUUGAGCCGUUUUCUGUGGGGUGGUGGGAGGAUCAGCUGUUUGAGAUGGGGAUGGUGGGGGUGGAGGUGCUGGAGUGGGAUCCGACGGGGGAAGAGGGGGAGGAGCGGAACGUCUACGGAGAAUACCAGGGUAUGCGGCGCAUUAGGGAAAUCCUGGAGACGAAUGACUGGGCUGCGCCGUCUGAGGAUGCGGCUCCGGGUGGGAUUAGCGGCGAUGGUCUCGAAGAGCAUCUUCUAGGAUUGGAUUGUGGGGAGAACGGGUUUGAUCUUGAGGUCAACGAGCUGGAACGAGAGAUGCUGGGGUUGAGGAUGGCGAUUGAGCAUGGUGGUGAUGGUGGAGAGGAUCAGGAUGAGGAUGAGGACAACGACGACGGACUCAAAGUCGAGUCUUUGGAAGCUUUGAUGAUGCGGAUGCAAGCUAUCAGAGACAUGAGUUCCGAGUUACCGGAGAGCGAGCGAAAGAAAUUUGCUGCCAAAGCUGUACGAGAUAUCAUGAAAGAACUAUAG